AUGUUGGUGUUUUCGAACGUUCGAUUGCUUUCGGCGUUCGGUUUCCCCCAAAUUUUGACUGAAUAUCUUAGAUAUUGGAGGGUCGGUUUUAGCCAAGUCUCGCCGAUCGCGUGGCUGAAGAUCAUCAGUCUGCUCGUGUUGUUUAGCCAGCAAGGUUGGGAGAUGACGACUCCAGAUGACAUCCGUGCACUCUUCCUAAUGAAAGAAACGAGGAAAAAGUCCGGACAGUUCUCCAUAUUUGUUCGCGAUCCCAGCCCCAAAAUCGACCUCACAAGAACCCUAGCUUCUGAAACCAAGAACCCUAAUCCCCACUUUCCCCAAAUCGACCUCACAAAAAAGUCGGAAAACUCAUAUGUCUCCGAUCAUAGGUUCUGCUAUUGCGAUCAGAGAGCGGUUAUUCAAACCUCUUGGACGACUGAAAAUCCUGGACGUCGAUUUCGUUCGUGCAUUGGGUCUGAGAGAGGACGGUGUGAUUUCUUCUCUUGGGUUGAUCCGCCUAUUUGUAAAAGGGCGAAAGAAAUUAUUCCUGGAUUGUUGCGAAAAUCAAAUGUUUUGCGUGUUGAGAAUGAAGAAUUGCGAGAGGAAAACAUGAGACUGGUUGAAUUGAAGAAGAAACUGGAGUUAGAGAACUCGGUUUUGCAAAUGAAGAUGCAGUCCAAUAAAAAGACCAAAAUUUGGUUGGUUUUGGGGGUUGUACUGUUCUUCUACUUGUUCUCAAAGACCAAAUGCUAG